AAUAACGAAAUAAGUCACAAAAGUUGAGAUAAUUGUUCAUACUUGUUUUAAAGCCAUUAAAAACAUACCUAUAUAACUUUAUUUUCGUUUAUACUGUUUUUGUCUUUAUUGUUAUUGUCCCAUUUUUCCGAGAAGAAGGAGAGGAAAGACACGGUCAAAAUAUGCCGUGAUUGAAAAGCAUUACGGAGAUCAUCCGAUAUGUCGUCAAAAGACUGGAAACAUUAGAAGAUGUGGAGGAGUGCGCUGUUCCAAAGGAAAACUUAUUCCGUUUGCUUUUAUCACUAUUUUUAUUUAUAGAAAAGGCGUUUAAAGCUGUAACAAGCUCUACCACUGAACAAAAUAUUGCCACUUCAUUUAACACAAAAUACACUGAAAAUAGAAAAGUACUAAAGAGGAAACCUCUUCAAUGCACCAUUGAUGCCUCAGAUGGUGCAAACAAUCAUCGAAAUGAACUAGGAAGUUGUAAAUCUCUUAUAAGUACUACUCAUCCCCCCCCCACACACACACUUUUGUUAGCAUUUUUAAAAACAGUACCCUGUGGAAAAACCAUAACGAAGAAAAAGACAACGACCGUGACAAUGAAAAUCCUAGCUGUACAACUGUUGGCAUCUAUAGCUGUUUUCAGCAGUAUCUCCUUCUCACAAAAGGACAAAGAAGUAAAAGGACACACAAACUAUCUUCUAUUCGACAAAAAAAUCAAUGUCGAAGAGAUUAUACGAAUAGGCGAGACAAAAAGUGUAACAGUGAGAGAGAAUGCUGAGGAAAAGGAAUCCAAUAAAUCUCAGCUGUCUUCUUUUUUAACGGAAAUAUCCAAUGCCUUUAAAUUGAAUAAUGAUAUGUUCCAAUCAAAAGGUUUACAGUGGUUCAAUAAUACUGAUAACAGCACAGGAACAGCAUUUGUUUGUGGACCAGAAGGUGCUCAUCUGAACAUAACAUGGAAACCAAAAGUCAUCAGUACCGAAAAAUCAGUCCAGAUAUACCUGGAUCUUGUUUAUCCCAUCGAUUUUAAGGAGGGUCUCGCCCGCAUAGAUGUCUAUAGAAAGGGUAUACCCAACCCAGUUUUCUCUAUUGAUGAAGGGAUAACCUGCACUGACAUCAAUAAUUGGGUCCCACUUAUAAGAUGUCCUAUAAAAAGAGGGAAUGGUUUCCGCAUAUCGUUUAAGUACAGCGAAACACAAUUACAACCUGCUGGGUCUUAUAUCGUUUUGUUGAAGAUCUUCAGUUACGCUGCUAAACCUCCACCACUGUUUGCUUGUUUGAACUUUAGUCUACAGAUUGAAUCAUCAAAGCAUAUGUCCGCCACUCAAACACCUCAAAUCAUUUCUAAGACUUCAGAAGAUAUUGUUUGAUCAUUCCUAGACUUUAUUUUGAACACUUAGCACUAUACCACAUGUAGCUCCUAGCUUAAGCAAUUAUAGUCAGCUAUACUACUACAUGUACAUUUACCGAAACUCGAAUGGCAUGCUCUCCUGAAAUAAUGCUUCACUUAACAUAACUCUAGACCUAAUGUUUUCUUUCUCAGAUUAAAAUUAAUGUACCGUACCAGAUAUAU